GAAUUACCAGUUCGCCACACCGUGGCCUUGUGCCGUGGCCACACCUCCAACGACGCUUUUGGGCGAUAGAUGAACUUUCUAUUGGUCCGUUUUUGAAAACGUUUUAAAUUUUUCGUUCCCGUCGUUCAUCGUUUGCAAUCGCCGGUAAAAUGGGAGACAAUUACGGUGGUGGAGGAUCUUAUGAUUAUUCACAACCUCCCCCAGCUGCUACUGCUUAUCCCAGUUAUGGGGGUUCACAAGGCAGUUAUGGCCAACAAGAUAACUCAUCCUCUGGAAAUUGGGUCUCACAACAAGGGGGUGGCAGAGGUAACUCUGGUGGAUAUGGCGGAGGCCAAGGUGGCUAUCAAAGUAGCGGAGGAGGAGGAGGAGGAUAUGGCGGCCAAGGAGGUGGAGGUGGAUAUGGAGGCCAAGGUGGAGGAUACCAAGGAAAUCAAGGUGGUUAUGGAGGUGGUGCAACAGGAGGAUAUGGUGGAGGUGGUGGUGGAUAUGGAGGAGGUAUGAAAGAUCGUGGCAAUGACCGUGGUGGCAGAGAUUUAGAUCGUAGAGAUAGCUAUGGAGGCGGCAACCGCGGUGGUUAUGGCAAAGCUGAUGACGGUAACCUGGUGGUACAAAUCGAUACAAUAUUUGUUUCUGGUAUGAAUCCUGACCUGACUGAAGAUGACAUCGCCGAUCAUUUUGGAUCAAUUGGUAUAAUCAAGUUGGACAAGCGCACACAGAAGAAGAAAGUUUGGUUGUACAAGGACAAGGCCACAGGAGCGUCAAAGGGGGAAGCUACUGUCACUUACGAUGAUUCGAACGCCGCUCAGAGUGCCAUCUCAUGGUUUGAUGGUAAAGAAUUCAAAGGCUCUGUGAUUAAAGUACAAAUGGCGACAAAGAAAGAUAAUUGGAGUGGCGGUCGCGGAGGUGGAGGCGGUCGUGGAAUGGGAGGUGGCGGCGGCGGCAGAGGAGGUGGAGGCCGUGGUGGCGGCGGUGGUUUUGGAGGAGGUCGCGGAGGAGGCGGCGGUUUUGGUGGACCACGUGGUGGUGACCGAGAUGAUUCAUUCUCAAGCCGAGGUGGUGGUGGAGGCGGUGGCGGAGGCCGCGAUCGUGAAGCUCGGGAUGGCGAUUGGAGAUGUCCAAAUCCGGAAUGUUCUAACACAAACUUUGCUUGGAGAAAUCAAUGUAAUAGAUGUGGAAAUGACAAACCCGAAGGCGCAGGUGGCGGUAGUGACGACAGACGUGGGGGCGGUGGUCGCGAUAGAGACCGCGGAAGUCGUGGCGGUAGAGGUGGCGGCGGCGGUUUCCGCGGAGGUGAUAGAGGACCGGGAGGCGGUCGCGGAGGUGGCCGAGGAGGUGGAGGCGGCGGAUUUGGAGGUGGCCGAGGCGGCGGCGGCGGUGGUGGAAGAGAUCGUGGAAGUAGAAACAGUGGUGGAGGAGGCGGUGGCGGUGGCCGACCGAGACCGUAUUAGGUUUAAAUUGCUAAUGAUCAAAGAAGCAUUUAAUUUUAAAUUUUUUUGUAUGUGUUAUCUGUCAAUUUAUGUAGAAAGCAA